AUGUCUACUAUCCAAAACUUAAACGCAUUUGAUCCUUUUGCUGAUACUGGAGAUUCCGAAGCUCAGCCAACAAACUAUAUCCAUAUCCGUAUUCAACAACGUAAUGGUCGUAAAACGUUAACUACUGUGCAAGGUUUACCUGCUGAAUAUGAUUUAAAGAAAAUCUUAAAAGUAUUAAAGAAAGAUUUUGCUUGUAACGGUAACAUCGUUAAGGAUGAAGAGCUUGGUGAGGUUAUCCAACUUCAAGGUGACCAAAGAGUUAAGGUCAGUGAAUUCUUAACCUCUUCAUUGCAACUUCCAAAGAAGAACAUCAAGAUCCAUGGUUUCUAA